ACAAUGUUAUCAUUUUAUCAGUAAUCACUAAUCAGUUGUCAACUCAAAGCACACUAGCGCCACAAACUGGCACAUGUACACGCGCAAUAAUCAGCGUACCGUAAACAAUGAGGUGUUUAGAUGUGUGUGUAGCUUGCUCGUUCGUUUGGUUGACAAUCGCGAUGUGAUGUAUCCUACAUCAUCGCAUGCAGUUAUAUUCUCAAAUCUUUAAUUUUUAUAUUAGUUACAACAUUACUUUCUAAAUGUUUUCUUUCGUUGUGAUCACGUUUCUCUAUUUUAAUUUCUAAAUAUGUGUUAUUUGCCGCCGAAGUUCCAUUCAGUGUGUCGCCUUUGUUUAUCAUUCUGUGGCGAUAAUUGCAGUGAUGUUAAACUUCCAAUAUUCGACCGUGAUAAGGAUAAAUCGCGACUUUCGGAGAUGAUAAUGACAUAUUUGUCGAUAAUGGUAUCACCUGAGGAUAUGCUGCCACAGGUGGUGUGCGGGAGCUGUGCACACAAACUCGAUGAGUUUCACACAUUCAGAGAGCUGUCGCAAAAAUCCGAAAGACUCUUGGAACAGUUUGUCACAUACGCAAAUUCGUUGAGUGGCCCCAAGGAGGAGGUCCUGAGCAUCACCGCGGCGAAGCUGGAGGAGAUAAUCAAGCCGCUGGGCGACGAGUACGACCGGCACGAGUACGAGGUCGGGUCCCCGGACUCCACCGAGGAAAAGAACCUCGAGAGCCGGCAGGCGGCCGUCGCGCUGCUGCAGAUCAAGAACUACGACCCCACGAAGUACGCGAAGCCCGCCGAGCCGCACAUCACGUUCAACAGCGUGCCGACCCUGCCGCCCGCGGACCGCGCGCGCGAGGUUAUGCACUGCAACGCCGUCAUCGACAUAAUAAGUAAGGCGGUGGCGGUCGCGCGCGAGACCGACCGCCUUCCGCCUGGCUACGAGGAAGCGCCGCAGGAGUACGACGAUCAGUACUACGCGCCGCAGGUCACGAGCCCACACAGCGACCACGACAACAAGGAAAUCGAUUUAUCCCUGUACUCGAAGGCGGACAGCGAGCCGAGCGAGCGAGCGGAGCGCGAGUACGCGGCGCCGCGGCCGGCGAGCUUCGCGGACGAGUACAAGCAGCACGUGUUCGGGAAGGGCAAGAGGAAGGACGGCGCGGGGUACGAGGAGUGCAGCCAGAGCAGCAGCGGCUCCGACCCCGACAGGCUGCAGAUGGAUAUAUCCGAGAUCUCGCAGGAUGACCCAGAGGAAACUCAGUCUGUGCCUUCAACGCAGUCUUCGCCUAAACCGCCGCACGAGAACGAAAACGACAAGGAAUCUCUAUGGCAGGCUCUCCAUAAACAAAACGGUCGCGGCGGCGAAGCAACGCAACUGCUGCGGCGGCUAAUCAACAGCAAACAUCUUGGUAUGACGGUGUCGCCGCUGCGAGCGCCCGCGCCUCCGCCGCCGCCCAACGGACUUAUGCCGAACGGCGAUUGGACGCACACGCGCGCGGCGCUUGCGAGCGCGAACGCCGGCGGCACGGCGCGUAGGAAACAGAGCUGCCCGGCGCGCGCGCAGCCAGCCACCGAGCCCGCCUGGCCGCCACCUGAUACUGAGAACGCCGCUGGCGGCGCAGGCGCAGCAGCAAGCCCGCGCGGGCCGCGGGUGGAACUUUCAUGCAGCAACUGCGGCACGCACACGACAACAAUAUGGCGUCGCGACGCUCGCGGCGAGAUGGUGUGCAACGCGUGCGGGUUGUACUACAAGCUGCACGGCGUCGCGCGACCCACCGCGAUGCGUCGCGACACUAUACACACGCGUCGCCGCAGACCACGACACGACGCAAAGCACUCGCGUUCCAAGUCACGUCGCUCCGGCGGUAACGCUGGAGGCGGGGCCACAUGCGAGGCGGAGGAGGGCGGCGCGGAGGAGGCGGUGCUAGCGGCCCUACGCAGACAGCUGCAACCCAAUCUGCUUGCCGCACUACAUGCGUACGCGCCACGAGACCAGCCCGCACAGGGGCUACAGGUAGGGCGCAGUAUGCCAGAAUAUGACGACGCGCCGCUAAACCUCGUGGCGAGUCACGUCGCCGCAGAAGAGACGCACUGACCGACAAGCGCGUGCGACAGCACCCAGUUACCCGCAGAUACCAUAUAGAUUUUACUCUGUGACGCAAAAUCCGAUAGAAUCGAUUACGAAUCGAUUUUAUUUAAUAGUUUAAUCGAGUAAAAGUGGAAUCGAUGUUCGAGUAUUACUCUAUUAAGCUACUCGAUGAUCGUUAUUAUAUUCUAAAGUCGAUAGUGGAAAGCACCUGUUGAUUAGAAACCUGAUUAUUUUAAAGUUAGGCCUACACCGUGACUGUGAUGUCCCGAUUCAGGCUACGUUUCUCUCGCACGGGGGAAGUGGGACCAUAGUACAUUCGCACCUUCAUUUUAGUGAUGCAGUGCAUCAUAAUAUAGUUUCCGGUUGUAUAAAUAAUGGGCAUUACAUAUAGACUGGAAGUAAAGAAUCUAAGUGCGCUUAGUUCGUGAUCGGCAAACUGCCGAGCCGUCAUCUAGAGUGAGAUAUAUUUGUCUCCUUGUUACAAUAAAAAAAAAGAAUUUUCGGAAUCUCUCGAUUAGGCACCAUACCUUAACCUGCUUACUUAAAAAAUAUUUUUAUUCUCCAAAAAUCUCUUGAUUAAAGUAUGAUUUUACGAUUCAACUAUAAGUAGUACUCGUUUCUAAUAACACGAAACUACUAUUAUUGAUUUCAUUACCAGCACCUACUUUUUAGAAAAAAAAAUCGAACUGAUUUAAAAAUAGAACUUAUACACAAAACUUACAGAUAGAUAUUUUUGUAACAGAAUCCGAAGGCACAGAAAACAUAUUUUAUUAUACCUGUAAUAUUCAAAGUAACAGUUUUAUUAGAAUCUCCAAACACGAAUCCGUAGUUUUAAAUAGAUUAUAUUCUGGGCAUUAUAAUAGUGAGUUUCAUAGUAGGAUUUCAAUUUGAUUAUUAAGUUUACGUUGAAAAAUGACAAAUAUAUUUAAGACUAAAAUUUCAAUUUAGGGCUCAAAUAUUUCAUGUAUAAGAUGUAUUCGUUUCAGUAUAACUAUCAAUACAUUAUAUUCCUCUUGUGAUAAAGAACGUAUUAUGAACGAAUCGAUACGAAUGAUACGGAUCACUCGAUCGGUUCGCGAUUAAAAAUCGAAUUUCCAAUAUCGAUUAGUGGUUUGAUAUCGAUUGAAUUAAAUCGAUCCUAAACCAAUCCUUGCCUUAUAAUGCUCUCUUGAUAUUGAUGAAAUUAUAUUUACGGUUACCUAUUGCAGGACGCAAGUAUUCGCGUAGGUUAAGAUUAUAUUGAUAAGAUAUUGUAAAUGUUAUUAUUUAGCGGUAACGAAAAGGCGUAAAUCGAUAGUUAUUUAUUUCCCCAUUUCGGUCAGUAUUUAAAAUAUAAGUAUUCUCAGGCGAUUAUAUUUUGAUGGAACACACGAAGCAAUAAGUCUCCCCUAAUAUACUUAAGCGACGUCGUCGAAUUUAUCGUAAGCCAGUAGAUAAGUUAGUUCCCGUGAAGUUUAGUUUUGUAUUCGAGUUGAUGACUUUUAUUAAUCGAUGCCGUACUUUAAGUCAUUAGUUUGUAUUUAGUCGUAGAGGAGUGUUGCAAGCCGACGUCGCGUCGCUCGGUCCGGGUGGUCGUAUACGUAGAACCAAAUCGUCGUGGCAUUAUUUUGGGUAUAUUUUACCGGUAUCACCUCAUUGUGGUCAGUUUUGUAAAUAAUUUGUGUUAAAAGCGAGGAGCAUUUAUAUUAUUUCUAAUCACGGCUGUAUUGUUUUUUUUUUGCCAAUUCUAUUUUAAUCUUUUGUCACCGUCCUUAACUUACGUCUCUACUUAAUUUAGUAUUAAUUUAUUUAUUACGGAAUCCCCACGGGCCAGUAGUGCAGUCUAUGAGACAUUGUGAUAUUUUUAAGCGAGCGAACGACUCGCCGAUUUCCGUUGCAGCUUGUAUGUAUUAGAAUUACUUCUGUGGAUGAUAUUUAUGAAGCUUUAAAAUUGAGAUUAUUUAUCCGUUAUUGGAUUGGCCUAGUGCGAGGGUUUUGUGCUGUUUCAUCGUGGUAAGAUUAAAAAAAUACGAGCAGCGCCAUCUACCGCCGUUAAACUAAAUUGUUUGGUUCUGUGGAUAAAACAGCACAAACUCUAGCGCUAGGUCCGCGUAGAGUAUCUUCUGUAUACCUAAACGGUCUUGACAAUAAGAAAUUGAAUAAGUGGUAUGUCUCAAAAUUGUGCUCUCUAAUUUCUAACUUCGCUCUCUGUAAAUAUAAAAUUAUAUGAGAACACAUGAUUGUAUUAGGUUAUGACUUAUGACUUAGCACGAUAAGUGACGGCGACUACUUAAAUAACAAGUUUUCUUGUACAAAAAUUACCCUCUUGUUAAAAGAGUUGGUUAUUCUUAAUAGCUUCGCCAGAUCUAAAUGAAUCCCAAGUGCUAAGUCGCGAAUAUGUGUAGGGCCUUGUUUUGUGAUUAUUUUAGAAUCGAUUGUAGUAUUCAUGUUAGGCUUGAUUAGCCGCGUACUGACUGAGCGAGCAGCCUCGCGAGGCAAAUCCUCGGUCGGUCAAGACAUGCCUCACCCGAGG